AGUUUUCUUCAAUCGCUCGUAAACGACAAAAGAAGCCAAAAGGAACAAAUUAAAUUUACUUUUGUAUAUUAAAAUAAAUAUCAUGAUAAAACUAAAACUAGAGUCUUUGGGUCAUCCAACUCCCAGCGAUGUUGCUCUAAGUAACCGCAAGGAAUUUGCUAGCACCAUACUCUGGUUGGAGGAUCAAAAGAUUCGUCUCUAUACCAUAGAAGAUCGUGAGAAAUUGCGUAAUAUAGACAACCUGAAUAUAUGGGAAGAGGGCUAUACAAAGUACUGCGCCGAUCUGAAUAUGCCUCCCCUAGAAAGUCAAUGCGAGCAGCUGACAUGGAUUUUGGGACAUGCCAUGCGACUGGAAUUUCUGGAUGAUCCUGGCUUAUACGAAUCGAUCAACAGCAAACAGAGCCAACCACAAGGUAAUAACAAACAGCAGCCAGGAGUACAGCAAAAUGUUCAAACAAUUUUUGAUGGCAAAAUCAAUGUUCAGGAAAAGGAAUUCAUAGCUGGGGUUCGUUUGUUGGCCAGCAAAUUAAAGAUACCACAUCAUCCCAAUCAUUUGGUUCAACUGGAGGCAGUGGCUCGCGUUGUACAUGAACGUCUAUCACCUGCAGCUAAAAACAGGCAACCAAUUGUUGGCACUCCAUUUCCUUUCGAUAAAGGUAACGAUGUGGUUUCGCCCAAUGAUCCUGUCCUGGACUAUCCUAUGCGCGUAUUGCGCUUAUUACAAAUCCAAAGCCUUCGACAACUGCAAACACAAAUCAACGAAACAAUCGUAUCUGUUCAAAAUUUGACGGCCAAUCCAAAGACUGAUACCAAACUGGGAAAGGUUGGCCGCUAAUUAGACUCUAAAUAUACUUAUAUUUUUGUAUUUCAACUAAAACAAGUCUGCACCCUUAAUAAUAAUACUUAAUACUACUAACGCCUGGCAUAGGGCCCCAAAGGA